AUGUCUACUUCCGCCUGGCCUUCUUUACCUGCCCAUGAGUUGAGGAAAGAAGAGGACGAUUCUACGGAACGCGAGCUAUCAUGGCUUCUAGAAUCACUACAGGAAACAUUGGCUUCACUUAAAACGGGCUUAGAAGAUUGUUAUGCGCUUCUCGCGCCUGUUGAGCCGGGGUCUACACUUGUUAUGUCAUCACCUCGUUCCGAGUAUUUGAAGGGCCAUAUUACACGUGUUGGAACUCAGGUUGUCAAAGGAACCCUGCACCUGCGCCUCAAAUCUCUCCCACCGUCCUCGUUUUCACUGUCACCAACUUUGCCCCUUCUCCUCGAACCACUCACUCAACUCCGCACACUCCUAAAUCAAAGUCUUGAUUGUGUUGACAUAACUCGCUGGACCGGUGAUCGUCAUUCUGCGCCUUUUAUAUCCUCCCAAUUGCAUCUUCUCCAUAGUAUCCUCACCGAAGCCAAGCUCGUCCUCAAAGGUCCCUCUCUCCUCGAAUCUCCCACACAAACCCCCGCAUCUCUGAACUGGGCGCACAACCCUGUUGAUCCCGAUACUUUCGCCCCAUCCUUACCAUCCAAUCUCUCUCUCGAUCUUACAAUCUCCGAUGGCUCAUUACUGCUCACCAUUCGAGUUCUUGAACCUGUAGCACAACAAGUCAAUUUUGGGAGCAGGAUAGCUUUUGCGAUAGGAGCCCAAAGAAGAUUGGAGCAUGAUGAGAUGGAUGAGGUCUUCAUGUUCAAAGGUGAAGAGGUUAGGGUUAAGGAAAAGGUCAGGGUCGAGAGUGCAGACCCAAGGUUAAUGAGUGUUUUGGCUAAAGUGGCGGCCCUAGAGCAUACAGUUGAAGGGGCGAGGGCUGGUUUGAAAAUCGUUAUGGGAGGUGAUGGGCUGGAGGCUGAAGACUAGUGGUGUGUUUGGCACUACUUCUAAAGAGUAUCGGUCACCACAGUGUGCCAAACAUCAGACUAUGAUUCUUCAUGGCAUCGCGAAAGUCAGGCUUGACAUUUUCGAAUGUAUUUUUAGGGGGUCUAAAUGGCACGCCUGCUAAUCGAAUUGAAAGCAGUCAAGGAUUACUGUGGAAUUUUUUCCAGCUGGAUGAAGUGCAGCUACACUAGGAGUUAAAUCUAGGUUCUAGGUUCCGCGGUGAUACCAUUUGAUUGUUCUGCGAUUUUAGGUUUUAUCUUUUUGGGUGAGAGGGAGGGGGUUCAAUUUAGCGAUUGUAAUAGAUUUAAAUCAGUC